AGGAAAUAAAAGGCGUUCGCGAGGCUCAUUCAACCUGUAAGUGUUAUUCAUAAAAAUAAACAAAUAGACUAGCCAGUGCAUACGAUGUUGAUUACUCUUAUCUGUGACCUGGUCAGUAAUUAGGAACAGAGGCAUUUAAUAAGUGAUAAACGUAUUUACCCAUUAGCUGUGUGCAUUAGCUCAGUGGUUAGUAUCGGAACGGACUAUCAUUUGUAUGUAACAUUUGGUGUUAGCGAAAGAAAUAGUAAACGGCCAGAUCACAAACGUAUACUUAUAGCUGUAAAUGAUUGAAUCUGGUGCAACAAUGACAUAAAAGAGGAAAUUACGUCAUUUUACUACAGCAAUUAUGACGUCACGAAAGCGUGACAUAGACGGAGGAUGGGCAUGGGUUGUUCUUGCAGCCGUUUACAGCGGGAUACUGCUCCUGUCGACAGCGAUGUACACAGCAGGAGUGUUGUAUGUUGAAAUGCUAGAUUAUUACCGAGACGAUGCCGCAAAAACGUCGAUAAUUGGAUCCCUGAAUUCAGGACUACUAGGUUUGCUAGGGCCUCUUGUUUCCAUAUGCAUUCACACGCUGUCUUGCCGCGUCACAAUGUUUACUGGUGGAGUUUGUCUCAUGUUGGCAUAUGUGUCCAGUGCGUUUGUUAGCAAUAUCAACCUGUUGAUACUCAGUAUUGGAAUCGUUGGAGGAUUAGGGAAUGCACUAACAGGAGUGACAUUUACCGUUGUGCUGGUGUAUUAUUUUGAAAGACGAAGGAACAUCGUUUUAACUUUAAGUCAGGCUGUCAUAGGAGUCGCCAUGUUUUUGGCCACUCCAAUAGCCUUGUGGUUACUUCGAGCAUAUGGCUUGAGAGGAACGUUUUUGAUGAUUGCAGGAAUUUGUGCACACCUGUGCGUCUGUGCCAUGAUAUGUCAACCCUCAGUGAAAGAAGCAAAAGUAAAGACAGAAUUAUUGAAAAGGAAAGAAAGGCCAUCAGUGAAGCCAUAUCAGUAUUGUAACUGGUAUGCCUUGCUAGAUUUCCAAGUUCUAAGAUCAUUACCAUUUAUUUUAUUUUUGAUAAGCACCGCAGCAUGGAAUUUCAUGUUGUCGGUUUGCCUCAUACAUUUACCGAACUAUGUUAUAACAAAAGGACUAGAUUCAACAGAUGUAACUGUAAUGAUGACCAUAUUUAGUAUAAGCAAUACUAUCGGGAGAUUUAGUGCAGUUUUUAUUGUGGAUCACCAAUAUUUAGAUAAUAUGGUGGUCCAUAUUUGUUGUCUGGCAACAGCAGGCAUAAUUACCCUGACUUUUGCUCUUUAUGACCACUUGCCGUCGGCAGAAUUUGUCUUUGUCGCUGCUAUAGGAAUAUUAACUGGUUUGCCAAACUCACUGCUCACUCCUCUAACUCUCACACUCGUUGAUGUUGAAAAGAUAUCAAUUGCUCACGGGCUGGUUAAUUUCUUUUGUGGCAUUGGAUACGUGUCCGGUCCACCAUUAGCAGCGUUGCUGCUAGAAAGAACUGGUUCAUACGAGAACAGCAUUAUGAUGUCUGGUGCAGUAUUAUUAUUCGGGAGCGUUAUGGCUGUUGCUGCAAAAAUACGCCAAAGAAAGGAACAAGAAGAGCGGAAGAAAACGAAAGCUGAAAGCGGCGGCGACGAAUUUCAGACAUUUUUAGAAAAGAUCCAGCACUGAUGUAGAAAAUAUGUCAUAGCAUAAUGAAAUGAUCUGAUUUUAUUACAAUCAUGUUAAAAUAUAUAUUGAAUUCUAAAUGAAAUUAUUUUUAUAAUAUUAUAAUGUUAAAUAAAAAUAACACUGGAA